GGUUGCUUUGGCAGAUGCACUUUGUUAGAUAUCCACCUACGUACUUCACACCAACCAGGUAUGAGGUCAAAGGGUCAAACCACCAAUGGCAAGGGUUCCCAUAACACUGAGAGGGAGUUUGGAGGAACCCUAGGGGCCGUUUGCAUUCCCAUCUUUCUACCGUUAACGGUGCUUUUCCUGAUUUGCGUGAGUCGAUCUUCUGAUGCAGCUCUUCUCCAGUGGCCCCUGCCCUUGCCCUCGCUUGAUCACCUGUGGGACCCUUUGGCUCCCGUCCUGCUCCUGGGUUGGAUAGCUUUGCAUGCUUUCCUGUAUAUGCUACCAUUUGGAAAGGUCUCUGAAGGAUUAGUGCUCAGGGAUGGAACACGCCUCAAGUAUCCCAUAAACGGUUUCCAUAGCCUGUGCAUCAGUGGUGCAUUGCUGAUGUUACUUCUGAUGUUUAAGGCUCCUUUGGGGCAUCUGUUCGAGCUGAUGCUGCCUCUGGCUAUUUGUGCGAUAGCAAUCUCCUUCCUGCUCUCCAUCUACCUCUAUGUUUGUUCCUUCUGGGCUCCUCCUCAUGCUCUUGCUUUGGGGGGCAACACAGGAAAUCCUUUAUAUGACUUCUUCAUUGGACGGGAGCUAAACCCUCGUAUAGGUCGUUUCGACCUUAAAUAUUUCUGUGAGCUCAGACCAGGUCUGAUUGGCUGGGUGGUCAUAAACUUUGGCAUGAUGAUGCAAGAGGUGGAACUUCGAGGAGCUCCCUCACUUGCCAUGAUCCUGGUCAACAGUUUUCAGUUGCUGUACGUGGCCGAUGCUCUGUGGAACGAGGAAGCAGUUUUGACCACGAUGGACAUCGUGCAUGAUGGCUUUGGCUUCAUGUUGGUCUUUGGCGACCUGGCCUGGGUACCCUUUACAUACAGCCUGCAGGCGGCCUUUUUGGUCAAGCAUCCACAAGCUCUCAGUCCACUGGGCGGUGCUUCUAUCAUCAUUUUAAAUUGUAUUGGAUAUUACAUUUUCCGAAAAUCCAACUCACAGAAGAAUCAAUUCCGGAGGAACCCCAAGCAUCCAAGUGUUGCAAGUCUGGAGACCAUCGCCACAGCAACAGGGAAACGUUUGCUGGUGUCUGGUUGGUGGGGUCUGGUUCGUCAUCCCAAUUACUUGGGUGAUCUCCUCAUGGCCUUGGCUUGGUCUCUGCCUUGUGGUAAAAAAAAACAAAACAAAAAAACACCUUUUAAUGCUUACACUCUAAUAUACUGUAAUUUUAGUCAUCCUGCAAACCACAUUUACAUAAAUUUGCAUAGCGAUUACACAUACUUCAAUUUUCAGUAUGAUAAAAAAGCGCAAAUUGCGACCCACAAUCGUUCUUCACUUCCUUCCAUCAUCAGAUGAAUGGUUGCGACUCAUGCUAGACACAGUAAAGGCCUGGUCUCAUUGUUCUAGUCUAGCGCGCGUAAAAAUGGAGGCUGUCAGUUCUUUGUUACAGCUCACACAUAAACAUGACGUGACUCAUUGUUUAGCUGCUUUUGUAAGUGAGAAGUACAAAAGUUGAGGAAAAAGAAAUGUGAAUAACACAAUGAGGUCGGAUGGACGGACAAACUAAGUGGAUGUUCGACCGAAAACAGAAAGUCUUUUCAUGUCAAAGUGGGGAAUGAUGACAACCACCCACCCACCCACUGUACAACUGGUUCAAUACAGCUAUUUACUAGAAUAAUCAUAGUCCUGUUU